AUGACAACAAUUGCACCUCAUUAUGGGAAGUACCUGCUCGUGUUGUCCGGGUCGGUUGAGUAUGCCCCAUUCCUGCACAAUUGGAAAACUUUUAAAGAUAGUGUGCGAAAAAUAGCCAAAAACCCAGGGUGGACAGAUGUAAGCACGACGUCACAAAGAGGAAUACGACGGGCAUGGUGUAAUCUAUCGAUUGAGGACAAGGCGAAAGCUGCAUACAGUACGCAUCACCAUCUACAGAUCAAAGAA